CCGGGCCCUUCCGCGUCCUGGCCCGCCAGCCUCCCGACUCUGCGCACCAAGGGCCCUAACUAGCCAAGAUGCCGAUCGACAUUAAUGAUAUGAUACACCUAUUGUGCCGUAUCUCUGAGGAGAGGAAGAUGAAGGCUGCUAUCAAGCAUUCUGGACAAGGAGCACUAGUAGCGGGUGCAACAGCAUUUCUCGGGGGUUUAAUGGGGGGUCCACCUGGAAUAGCUAUAGGGGGUGCAGUUGGUGGUUUAUUUGGUGCUUGGAUGUCUGCUGGACAGUUUAAGCCAAUCCCUCAGAUUAUACUGGAACUGCCUCCUGCUGAGCAACAGAAGCUCUAUGAUGAUGCCUUAGCUAUUAUCAGGAACUUAGACUGGACUGAUGCUGCACAGUUGACUGCACUUGUAAUGGGAAAUGCCGCCCUCCAACAGAAGUUGGCAGCAGUGUUAGUAAACUAUCUUUCACAUGAGCUAAGAGCAGAAAUACGUGUAUUUCACACAGAAGUUCCACGUAUUGAAAGAAGUUAUGACAAGUUAAUCAUGCAAAUUGGGCUGAGUCAACCCGAUGAACACUUACAGGUUUAAAGAACAAGGAUACUGGAAGUGACCUUUGCUGCAGCUGGCCAAUAAGGGCACCUAGCUCACAACCCUGAUACUGCUUCCUUCAGAUGUCAACAUUUUUUAAGAGCUGAAGUUCUGCCAGUCGUGCACUAUGGAGCUCGCAGAGAGGAGUGUGGAUUCUAUCUUAAAGGAUAUUUUCAGAAAAGCAGCACUGUAGAUCUGGAAUCUUGCCUACUUUUGGACACGUACAAGAAAACCUUAGGAGAGGAGCUCUGAGCACAAAGGAGAUAAGGAAGGCAAUGAUACACAGCCAAAAGAGAAAUAAUAGAGGAGAGAUUGAAACGAGGGCAGAUUGGUGUGGGGGAAUUCAGGGUAUAAGAAAAUACUGCAGAUAAUUUUGGGAUAAUCAGUGCAGAACUGAAAAGGUUUUACACAGACUCUUGAUCCUGCUUAUGGCAAUCUCAGUACAUGGUAGUACAAGAGCUUGACUCCUGGGUUCUAUUCCCAGCUCUGCUACUCACUCACCAUGUGAUCACCUCCUCUCUUUCCCACAUUACUUAUCUGAACAAUGGUAAAAUAAGCCUUAGCUCUCACAGGGGGGCUCUGUGAGACUAUUAGGGUAUAAAGUGCUUUAAGAAGGGUUGAGUAUGUGUAGUGUGUUUAGCAUCUAAAGGUGGGGCAGGGUUCAGGACAAUGCCCUGGUGAGAAUUCCACCAUGCCCCCUUCUUUCCCAGAUGUUGACGGGUUGGUUGGCUUCUCAUUAGGCAUUGGUACUGGACAGUGGAACUACAAUCUUCCAUAUUAGUCUGUGAUUUUUAGGGUAAUCCUCUAUUUUAGAAGAUUGGUAAAGUUUCGCAGUGAGUGGGAGUGAUUGGAUAGUCAGGAAAGAGAGAGAGAGAGAAUUCUAUAUACUUCCUACACUUCGAAAUAAACUGACAACGUAAUCCCAGAUUAAGGAUAUGCCGCCAAAAGACACAGGGUAAAAUUUUCAUAAGCACCUUACCGCAAGUUAGUGGGACUUAGGCUCCUAAAUCAUUGAGGACAAUUUUUAACUAUCAUACUUAUUUUGGCUCUUAGGCAGCACAGAACACUUGCAAAUUUUGUUACACCAGAACAAUGGGACAAACAGACUGGGUAUAAACACCCUUUCCACUCUCAAAUAAGAGAGAAACUAAGGGAACUACCUGUCUAGUGGCAUACAUGGAUCUGGAGAUUAUAUUCUUGUACCUUAGUACCCUAACCCGUUACUUUUUUUGAAAGUAGAACCAUGAAUUACCCAAGGAAAGAAAAAAAAAAUCUUCCAAACCACUGCUUGUUAGUGUGUUGCUAGUAUGGGGUCAGACUGGCAAAACAGUUUUAUUACACAUUCCGGCUAUCCCAUGAUCCCACCCAUGGAUUUCUGCCUCUAUGGUAAAAUUUGCUCUGAUUUAAUCAGUUCAAAAAGAUAAGAAAAGUUCACUCCCCAUCUUAUUCCCCAAGGAAUAAAUGGCUUAUUAAAGUGAGUGUGUACUUCUCAGAUAAACUGUAAAUUACCAUCAGGCUGCAAAACCAAAUUUACUUUAAUAACAUUUUAAAUGAAUCACAGCGUUAUUUAGUUUUCUGUACAAAUGGAAGGCACUGCAUGAUUUUUGUGCUUUUUUUUUUUUUUUUUUUUUUUUACUGAUAAAUAAAACAGACUUCUGGGAAUAUGCAAUAUUGUAUUUUUUUCCUCCCACCAAUGAAGUGAGACACCAUAAUUUAGGA